AUGCAAUGGCUUCAGGCUUCAGGCUUCACUGCCAGGAAGUCUUCUCAAUACACGCAUCAUGGUGUUAUAAAAUCUAAAUGGUUUGUUUGCUCAAAGGAGGGGACUAAACCUUUUAAGGCGAUCGAUACAUCUAAAAAGAUUGACACCUCAAAUAAUGGGUCAAAGAGGAAAUCUGUUCGUCGUGUUCCUUCUAUAAGGAUGGGGUGCGAAGCACGUAUGUGUUUAAAGUUAAUGCCUUCAAAUCUAUACGAGGUAUAUUCUUUCAAUGAGGCACAUAAUCACUUUUUUGUUGCUGAGGAAGAUAGGCAUUUACUCCCCGCUAACCGAGGUAUGAACUAUAUGCAAGAGCAAGCCGUUAACGCAUUGAGCGCCUUGAACAUUGGACCUGUCAAAGCGUUUAAUAUCAUGAGGACAUUGUAUGGUGGGUUUGACAAGGUUGGGGCAACCAAAAACGAUUUUAAAAAUUUCAAGCGAGACCUGAACAGGUAUAUAUCUGAGUUUGAUGCUGAUAUGAUGAUUAAACGGCUUAUGAGGAAGAAAGAGUACAUGCCAAACUUUUCAAUGGAGUAUAUAACUAACGAAGGUGUGGUUUUAAGGGGUUUGUUUUGGGCAGAUGAAGAUGCCAAAAGGAGUUUUUCGGUGUUUGGUGACGUUGUUUCAUUUGAUGCCACAUAUCGUCGUAACAAGUACAACAUGAUGUUUGUUCCAUUUACCGGUAUCGACAAUCACAAUCGCAACGUUACUCUUGGUGCCGCUAUAAUAGGAAACGAAACUGCUGAAACUUAUAGUUGGUUGCUAAAUGUGUUUCGUCAAGCAUUUGGCCGUGCCCCUCCGGUGAUUGUCACCGACCAAGACCCAGCCAUGAAGAAGGCUAUUGAAGAUACAUGGCCCGGGAGUAGACAUAGGCUAUGCACGUGGCACAUCAUGGAAAAGCUUUCUGCUAAGGUUGGUGCUACAAUCUGCAAUAAUACAGAUUUCAAAAAGAGGCUGUGUGCCAUUGCAUGGACCGAUUCAAUUCUACCUGUUAAGUUUGAAAGUGAGUGGGCUACCAUAAUGAACGAUUUUAACUUGGUUGAUCAUGAGUGGCUGCAGUCACUUUUUCAAAUCAGGGAUACUUGGAUACCGGCUUAUUAUCGUGAGGAGGUCGUGUCCGGGCUUAUGCGUACCUCUUCUCGUUCAGAGAGUGAGAACCAUUUCUUUGGACAGUUCUGUAACCCGGGUUGCACACUUGUCGAAUUUCUCGGGCAUUUUGAUUCUGCUAUUAAAGCUCAGAGACAUGAGCACAGGAAGAAUGACCAUGACACCAGAAAUACCAACGCUGAAAUAUGGGCUGAAGACUUUUUGGAGAUACAAAACGGUAUACACAUAUGUGCUAUCGGAAAGUGGGAAAACAUGGCUGACUUCGUUAACUUUUUUGUGAAGGACUGGGAACAACCAUGCACUACUUUCUUCGAGGUUAUGAUGUGGGAGGACGACAUGACUGUGUAUUGUACAUGCAAAAGAUUCGAACAGUUUGGGUUGUUGUGCUCACACAUCUUUUGUGUGCUAAGGAUGCUGGACAUUAGGGAGUUUCCACAACGCUAUAUAUUACGACGUUGGACACGGGAGGCUGUUCCAAAUAGUACCCCUGGUGCUAUUCUAGGUAUCAAUGAGACCGAGGAUCGUUAUAAUGAAGUUAACCGUGUUGUACAUGAGAUCACAUAUUCUACAGAGUCCGUUAUUAACAAGCUUGUCACCAACUUCGAUGCGCUAUGCUCGUUCAGGGAUCAUGUUGUUAAUUAUUUCUAA